AUUUUUGUGACACUAGUUUGGGUUCAGUUAGUUCAUUGCAAAAUCGGAAACUUUGCAUCAAUUGAGAAUGUUCUCCCAAACGUAUUUACUCUCUUCGCGUCCUUUCAGCUUUAACGGGGUUUCAGUGGACACCACUGUACGUGCCCCGUUCUCCGUUCGUGUCAGUACCUCAGCCACAUCGACGCCGGUUGCCGGCGAUACGACCCCGGCGCCGGUAAUCUCAGAACUACAUAAACCCGAUUUUACGCUACCCUCGCAGUCGCUGGUCGCGGCAGCUCCGCCCAUUGAACUGGCAAAAAAUCUAGGGUUCCGACCCAACCCUGAAUUGGGGCUUCUCUCAUACCUGUUCGUCCUUUCCAUGGCUUUGAGUGCGUUUUUCUCGGUAGCUAUGGUUUCUUUUCCUACCUUAAUUGCUUUUGGAAGAUUAGGAGCUUCCGUGAAGAAAUUGACAAAGGUUGUUUCGGUAGAGGUGCCGGGGACUUUAUCUUCUCUCAAACUUUCUAGUCGGGAGCUGAAUGAAUUAACCCAACAACUUAGUCUUCUCAGGCAGCAUAAAACUGGUGGUGUUCCUAUGGGAACAAAGGGCAUGAACACUGUCAGAUCAAAAUCCUCUAGCAAGAAGAACCCAGCAUCCUAACAUUUACAACGUUGAGUAAAACUUUUUUGCAAACUUCUUUAACGGUUCAGCAGCAUCUUUUGCAUGAACUGGGACAGGCAUAUUGGUUACUAGAGUUACUCUAGAAGAUGAGACCAAGGAUCUUUUUUGUGCGUCUGAAGGAUCAAUCUUCCAUAGUAUCACCUCCCAUACCUGCUACAGAUAAAACUGCUAUGACAUACAUUUCUCAUAUUUGUAAGUCUUAGCAACAACAAAGUAAAUAUUUGCACAUUACUGAGAUAACAGAUCAGAUCACCCAACAUUUAAUUUUUUUUGAGAUAUGUUGUUAUUAUUAUUACUAUUA